CUAACACCUGUCUUCUCCCAGAGUGCACACCAUGUACAUGGCACUGAGAGGGAACCACUGAUCGCAUGCACAAGGAAUGUGGAGCAUUGCAGCACCUUUCUGAACACUUGUCAUCUUAAAUUAAAAGAAACAACAACAGCAACAACAAAAAGCCACUCAAAUGGAUGUAGUAGUGUUGAAACAAAACCAACCUACCUGUCGAAGUUGUGUCUGAUUGUGUUUUUAGCCUGGAAUGCUUACAUUUUUCUGGCUGUUUGAACUACAUUCUCCAUAAUAAUAGCCUCCAUAAUAAGAGGUCAACUAUAAAAUGUAUUUCUAGUUUAGUUUAAUGAGCCAUAUGUAGGCACACAUGAAUUACUGUGUUUGUCAUGUUGGACCAUUUUAAAUACAUAGUGAAACUCAUCUAAUUUUACCAGCUACAGUGAAGGCUUUACCAUUAGUGCUAGAAGAUGCUACAAACUGCAUUCUAAGUUGUGUGAUAUUAGAUGGAGUGCUGUCAGUUUACUUGGGCGGGCUGAGUUUAGCUGAGAGGCGAGUCAAUCGACCCACUGGUCAGAAGAAAGGGCUCAGGCUUCACUAUGGCCAUCAUGGUAGAGCUCUUAUCUGCUCACAUUUCAAGUCCAUGCGGCCUGCCACCGUCUUGCCUCCGGCUGAACUUCCAGCAUGUCUCGCGUCUCCUCCACGGCUAAGCGCUACGCUGGCUCUUCCUAUACCAGCCACUAUAGCUCAUACGGCUCCUCCUUCACACCCACGCUCAGCUCCUACGACCGGGACAAGCUCCCCUACAAGGCAGCCACGUCGGGCUACUCCUCCUCCAGCUACCUGAGCUCAAGCGCCAGCCGCACCCGGAACUACAGUGCCUCAUCAGAGCCAGAACGGGGUCGUCCCGUCCCACGCACUGACCUGCUGGGUAGCCGGCGCAGUGAGAGCCUGAGCCGCACGCCUGUCAAGGGCUACAGCUCAGGCCUCAAUGGGGGCUCAGGCUACUCCAGCUACAGCUACACGCCGACGCCCACGAGCUACCUGUCCACAUCACCCACCUCCUCCGCCAACAUCUCACUCAGCCGCCGCAAAUCGGUGAGCCAGAGCGACCUGACGCGUGACCUGGCCUCACUCGGCCUGACCGAGACCUCCAGCAGCGGUGGCAGCAGUGGCCUGAAGCCCUCCUACAGGAGUCGGGCCAGCGAGAUGGCCGAGUCCUGCUACAGCACCACCGGCACGCGCUCAGCUUACGGGCUGUCACGCAGCUCCACGCAGGAGGCCCUGAGCAGCAACAGCCUGAGGGGCAGCAGCAGCGGAAGUCGCUUCCCAGCCUCCAGCGGCCGCUGCAGCUCGCCGCUCAGGGACUUGCCGAACUCCAAGAGUGCCCAAGGCCUGGUGGGACUGAAGAACCUGGGAAACACAUGCUUUAUGAAUUCCAUCCUCCAGUGUCUUAGCAACACGCAAAGCCUGCGAGACUACUGUCUACACAACUCCCACCGCCGAGACCUCAAGAACAACAAUCGCACAAACACUGCACUCAUGGAGGAAUUUGCCAAGCUCAUUCAAACCAUGUGGUCAUCGUCUGGCAGCGAAGCCAUCAGCCCAUCCGAGUUCAAAACACAGAUCCAGAGAUAUGCCCCAAGAUUUGUGGGCUAUAACCAACAGGAUGCCCAGGAGUUUCUGCGUUUCCUGCUGGAUGGCCUACACAACGAGGUGAACAGGGUUACUGUUCGGCCUCGGGCAACCACAGAGGACUUUGACCAUUUAGCAGAUGAGGAGAAAGGGAAAAAGAUGUGGAGCAAGUACCUAGAAAGGGAGGACAGCAAAAUCGUAGAUUUGUUUGUAGGGCAGCUGAAGAGCUCCUUGACUUGUACCGACUGUGGCUACUGUUCCACUGUGUUCGAUCCCUUCUGGGAUCUUUCCUUACCAAUCGCCAAGAAGGGGUACGGGGAGGUCAGUCUAAUGGACUGCAUGCGUCUCUUCACUAAAGAGGAUGUUCUGGAUGGAGAUGAGAAACCGACGUGUUACAGGUGUAAAGCCAGAAGAAGAUGUACAAAGAAGUUCACAAUUCAAAGGUUCCCCAAAAUCUUAGUGCUGCAUCUGAAACGCUUCUCAGAAGCUCGAGUCAGAUCCAGCAAGCUGUCCACUUUUGUCAGCUUCCCAUUGAAGGACCUGGACCUCAGGGAGUUUGCCUCGGACAGAAGUAGUAGUGCAGUCUAUAAUCUGUAUGCAGUGUCCAAUCACUCAGGCACAACAAUGGGAGGGCACUACACAGCGUACUGCUGCAACCCUGCCUCUGGAGAAUGGUACACGUAUAAUGACUCCAGAGUAACGCCAAUGUCCUCCAGCCAGGUGCGCAGCAGUGACGCGUAUGUGCUCUUCUACGAGCGAGUUGGCCUCUGAGGCUGCGUGGCUUGCAGGAGGCUCCUGACAGACGAGGAGCUUGUCGACCCUGCUGGACACCUGGGAGAACUACAACGUAACGUCCUCACCGGAACUCUGACGCCAGGUCCAGUUCAUUUCUAGCGGGGAGCACAAGGUGUGGUGACCGUGUGCGUCUCUGUGUGAGUGUGUACCCAAAGGGCAGCUCCUGGGGAGACACUGUCAGGCAAUAAAAUCCUCUUGGCUCCAUAUCAGAAGCUCCUUGCUAUGCACCGCAGCAGAACUCUGGCCCAACAGAGCCGCCUUCUUUAAGAUCGCCUCAGUAUAAAGACUUUUUUCCUUACCAUUUUUUUUCUUGUUUUUUUUUUUUAAAUGUAUCGCUGCACUUUGGGAGUUGAACUGGUAUAAGGCUCCCCCUGCUGGGGCAUUGAGAGAACAACCCCUUACCUGCGAUUCACACACUAGUUGACAUGCCUCUGUUCCACCCCUGCACUACUUACCUCUCCCAUGCUAAUGUUUAGUGGUUCUUUCACCUGUCAAUCUCUCCUGGCCAGUCUCCUCUGUGUCCUGCCCUCGGACCUCCCGAGAAGUGGGAGGGUCAGAGGGGUCUGUGGAAGGACCGAGUAGCUAUGGCAUGGAGGCGUUUGUGGGUGUUUUUUUUAAUAUAUAAUUCAGAGUGGCUGCUACUGAUAUCUGAUACUUUAAAUGCUGUGAAUGAGAGGACAGUUCACUUCAGAUGACUAUAAUUACCAAAAUAGUCCCAGAGAAGGCGGAUUGGUUUAUCCUCAAUUUCAUGCCAUUGAACAUCAGAAAAAUGUUUUGAAAAAACACUAUAUCUGUAUAUUUUUAUAUAUGAUGCAAUAUAGAGAAUGUAAUAUACAGUGGUGCUGAAAAUGACCCGUUACUGUUUUCAGUUUAACAGGAGAAAUUGAAUGGAUACUAUUUAUGCUUACAGGUGAAAAUAUGAUGAGUCACUUGUCAACAGUGGCAAUCAAAGUAUAUAUAAAAUAAUAAAUUUUAGACAAACUACCA